AUCUACCCUUGAAAGUGAAAAUCAACCAAACCAAACAUUUUGGUCUUACUCUAUUCCUGCUCCGCCGUCCUUCUUCUUUCCUUCUCUUCGAAUUAAUCGGAGUCUCUUUUCUGCUUCUCCCCACCUCUCUUUGGCUACCUCUCUCUCUCUCUCUCUCUCUCUCUCUCUCUCUGGGAGCUGAGGAAGAAGCUUGAACGUAGUGGGUAGAAAGAGGAGGAACCAACAGUCUAAGCCCCAAGUGUUUCUUCUACGAUCUCAUCUCUUUGUCGCCAUGGAGAACCCCUCUUCUGGUCAGCAAAAUGCUGCUUCCGAGGUUGACAAUGGUAGUGAUCUUGUGGUUCCUGUGUAUUCAUCAUCGGUGGAGGGCGUGACAGGAUUUUUUUGAUGGGAUGAGAGUUGCUUACGAAGCUGCAAGAGAAGUGGAACUCAGCGAAAAAGAAACCAUACCCAGCAAUGUAUUCUAGUAUUUUUGGUGGCAUUAUUCUUGACCCAGCAAUGAUGGUUAUACCAAUUGAUGAUCAUAUGGUUCACCGAGGACAUGGCGUCUUUGAUACAGCGAUGAUUUUCAACGGAUACUUGUAUGAGCUGGACACCCAUCUGGACCGGUUUUUGAGAUCAGCAUCAAAAGCAAAAAUUUCUUCACCUUUCCCUCAAUCAAGUCUUAGAAGCAUUCUUCUGCAGCUGGCAGCAGUGUCACAGUGCAAGAAAGGCUCUCUGAGAUAUUGGCUAAGUGCAGGCCCGGGGAACUUCUUGCUCUCACCUGCUGGCUGCCCAACAUCUGCAUUCUAUGCAGUAGUCAUUGAGGAUAACUACUCCCAAUGCAAAGAAGGGGUGAAAGUGAUAACAUCCAGUGUACCAAUGAAAUCACCAGAAUUUGCUACCAUGAAGAAUGUGAACUACCUCCCAAAUGCCUUGUCUGUAAUGGAAGCUGAAGAGAAGGGAGCAUUUGCUGCCAUCUGGGUGGAUGAUGAGGGUUAUGUUGCAGAGGGACCAAAUGUAAAUGUUGCUUUUAUAAACCAAAAUAAGGAGCUUCUGUUGCCCUCAUUUGAUAAGAUCCUUAGUGGGUGCACUGCAAAGAGGCUUCUUGCUUUGGCACCCAAAUUGGUUGAGAAAGGCCUUUUGAAGAGUGUGAACACUGCGGAUAUAACCCUGGAACAAGGCAAAAGUGCAGCAGAGAUGAUGUUUGUAGGAAGUGGUCUUCCAAUAUUACCAAUUAUCAUGUGGGAUGGAAAACACAUAGGAGAUGGCAAGGUGGGAGAGUUGACACUUGCCCUCUCAGAUCUGCUAUGGGAGGACAUGGUUGCAGGUCCAGAAACUCAAAGAAUAUGCAUUCCUUAUGUGUAGGGUAUCAGAAAGUGAUCAUAGCAAUGUUUCCUAAAGAAAGAUUGAUGUCUUCCAUCAUUACUGGUCAUCUGAUCAAAACUUGAUGAAGAAUUGCCUGUAUAUUUUCUUGUACUUCAAUCUUUCCUUCGAUCUCAACAGCAGUCGAAUAAGAUGUUGAAUAAGUGAUGGAAUGUGCUUGAUUUUAGUGUGAGGUUAUAUUGCACUUAUAAUUUGGUAGA